CAGCGUCUGCCUAGCGUCCCGCCGCCGCAGCUCCCCCAUCAGCGCCGCCGCCGCGUCCCCCAUCAGCGCCGCCGCCAUGCGGGAGAUCGUGCACCUGCAGGCCGGCCAGUGCGGCAACCAGAUCGGGGCCAAGUUUUGGGAGGUGAUCAGUGACGAGCAUGGCAUCGACCCCACCGGCACAUACCACGGGGACAGUGAUCUGCAGCUGGAGAGAAUCAACGUGUACUACAAUGAGGCCACAGGGGACAGGAUGCUGGUUCCUGGCACUCCCGCACCCCAGCUGCCCUCCAUCUGCUUCCCUGCAGGAGGAAAUUACGUUCCCAGAGCCGUGCUGGUGGACCUGGAGCCUGGCACCAUGGACUCUGUCCGCUCUGGCCCAUUUGGCCAGAUCUUCCGGCCUGACAACUUUGUGUUUGGCCAGUCGGGAGCCGGCAACAACUGGGCCAAGGGCCACUACACGGAGGGCGCCGAGCUGGUGGACGCCGUCCUGGACGUGGUCCGGAAGGAGGCGGAGAGCUGCGACUGCCUGCAGGGCUUCCAGCUGACCCACUCGCUGGGGGGCGGCACGGGGUCCGGGAUGGGCACGCUGCUCAUCAGCAAGAUCCGCGAGGAGUUCCCGGACCGCAUCAUGAACACCUUCAGCGUGGUGCCGUCGCCCAAGGUGUCGGACACGGUGGUGGAGCCCUACAAUGCCACACUGUCGGUGCACCAGCUGGUGGAGAACACGGAUGAGACCUACUGCAUCGACAACGAGGCCCUGUACGACAUCUGCUUCCGCACCCUGAAGCUGACCACGCCCACCUACGGUGACCUCAACCACCUAGUGUCGGCCACCAUGAGCGGCGUCACCACCUGCCUGCGCUUCCCCGGCCAGCUAAACGCCGACCUGCGCAAGCUGGCCGUGAACAUGGUGCCCUUCCCGCGCCUGCACUUCUUCAUGCCGGGCUUCGCGCCACUCACCAGCCGCGGCAGCCAGCAGUACCGCGCGCUCACGGUGCCCGAGCUCACGCAGCAGAUGUUCGACGCCAAGAACAUGAUGGCCGCCUGCGACCCGCGCCACGGCCGCUACCUGACCGUGGCCGCCGUCUUCCGCGGCCGCAUGUCCAUGAAGGAGGUGGACGAGCAGAUGCUGAGCGUGCAGAGCAAGAACAGCAGCUACUUCGUCGAGUGGAUCCCCAACAACGUGAAGACGGCCGUGUGCGACAUCCCGCCGCGGGGGCUCAAGAUGGCCGCCACCUUCAUCGGCAACAGCACGGCCAUCCAGGAGCUGUUCAAGCGCAUCUCCGAGCAGUUCACCGCCAUGUUCCGGCGCAAGGCCUUCCUGCACUGGUACACGGGCGAGGGCAUGGACGAGAUGGAGUUCACCGAGGCCGAGAGCAACAUGAACGACCUGGUGUCCGAGUACCAGCAGUACCAGGACGCCACGGCCGAGGAGGGCGAGUUCGAGGAGGAGGCCGAGGAGGAGGUGGCCUAGGGCCCCCAGGAACCUGGAACCUCGCGGCUGCUGCUUCCGCUUCUGCUUGCUUCCGCUUCCGCUCGGGCCCUAGCUGACCUUUGACCCGUGAGCCUUCCCUCCCCGCCCCCACUUGCGCUCCUUCUCCUGGACCUCCCCCAAGAACCCCAAUGGCGCCCCCAGACCUAUGAGCCCCAGUUGACUGUCGUCCACCCCUCCUACUGAGCUCCCCCUCACCUCUGAUCUCUGGCUCCCCGAGCGCCCCUCCCCUCCCCUCCAGCUCUCGCCAACCUCGGUUCCCCCCUCAGGGGUGGUGGAGGGCGGCCGCUGCUCCGCUGCUGCAGCCUGGGAGCGUGCGUGCCAAAGGCGCUGUGCCCUCGACCCUCCCGCCUCCCUUCGCCUCAGCUUAAUAAACGGUGUCCUGCCCUGUU